AUGUCCUGUGUUCAACAGACAUUUAAAAAGGAUGUCAGAAAACGAAGACAAGGCCCAUUUGAUUCUAUUUGGGAAUAUGAUUUGAUACCAACAGUUCCAUUUAAACCAGAGGGGGCAACAAUUUCUGCCCCCAUACAAAUUUCCAUCCACCCUCAAAUCUCUGCUUCAGAGUUUGUUGUGCCUAGUAUUGUCACUACUACACCAUUUGAUAGUCCACAUAAUCCAAGAUUAGAUGAUGGUCUACAUAUUGAUUUUGGUUAUUUUGAAGACAACGUCAACCCCACUGUUUCCAUCAAGCCACUUAAGCUAACUCUUGGUGCAGUUCAGACAGUGGAAAUGCAACCAAACUCAGGCAGACAGUCAAGCAAAACUGAUGAAUCUAUCACUGCUACUGUUGGGUCAGAUUUUGGUCCUUUGGACUUUGAUGGCAUAUCCACUGCUCCUUGUGGUGAAUUUGAAAAAACAUCUAAAACAACCCAAAGGAUUCUUGCAUCCAGCACAUCUACAUUUCCAGACCCCACUACAUGGACAAACACACAUCCCUUCAGGCCACCUGAGAUGCCUCUUGGUACAAUCCAGAAAGCAGAAACUUUUAGUACUGCUACUCAAUCAAGUGGAAUCACCAAAAUGGUCACUUCUGUUGUUGAUGCAGAGUUUGGGACAGAUUUUGGUCUUUCAGAGCUUUUUGAUGUUAAACCCACUGUUCCUUGUGGAGAAACUGAAGAAACCCCGAAGCAUAGCCAAACCAAACUUCCAUCCAGCACACCACUAUACCCACACUCCACUUCAUGGACAAACGCUAAUCCCUUCAUACAACAAGAUGUAACUCCUGGUACAACUGAAAAAAGGGAAUCUUUGAGUGGUGUCGCACAGCCAGGGGGAAUUACCAAAAUUGCCACUCCUGCUGUUGAUGUAGAAUUUGGGACAGAUUUUGGUCUUUCAGAGCUUUUUGAUGUUAAACCCACUAUUCCUUGUGGAGAAACUGAAGAAACCCCGAAAGAACAUAGUCAAACCAAACUUCCAUACAGCACACCACUAUACCCACACCCCACUUCAAGAACAAACAUGGAUCACUUCAGGCCGCUCGAUGUAACUUUUGGUACAACCAAAGGGGAAUACACAAGUGCAUCUACGCCAGACGGGAUAACAAAAAUGACUCCUGUUGUUGAUGCUAAUGUAGAGUUUUAUACAGAUUUUGGUCUUUCUGAUUUUGAUGUCAAACCCACUAUUCCUUAUGAAGAACCCCUGAAAACUACCCAACGUACACUUACAUCCAGCACACCUAUACAUCUACACCCCACUUCGUGGACAAACACUGAUGCUUUCGUGCCGCUAGAUAUGAUUCUUGGUACAACGAAAAUUGGACAAUCUUCAAGUGCAGCUACCCAACCACAGGGAAUCAUAAAAACUGCAUCUCCUGCUUUUGCAGAUGUAGAGAUUGGGAAAGAUUUUGAUCUUUCAGGUUUUAAUGUCAAACCCACUGUUCCAUGUGGUGAAUCUGAAGAAACUUUAACUACCCAAAGGGCAAUUCCAUCUAGUACACCUAUAUAUCUACACCCCACUUCACGGACAAACAUCUUCAGUCCACCAGAUACAAGUCUCGGUACAACAAAAGGGGAAUCAAGUGCAGCUACACAACCAGACAGGAUAACAAAAACUCCUGUUGUUGAUGCUGAUGUAGAGUUUUGGACACAUCUUGGUUUUUCUGAUUUUGAUGUGAAACCUACUAUUCCUUAUGGGGAAUUUGGAGAAACCUUGAAAACUGCCCAAAGUACACUCCCAUUUAUCACACCCAUAUAUCCACAACCCAAUUCAUGGACAAACACGCAUCUCUUCAGUCCACCAGAUAUAAAUCUUAGUACAACAAAAGGAGAAUUCUCAAGUGCAGCCACCCAACCACAGGGAUUCACCAAACCUACAUCUCCUACUCUUGCCGAUGUAGAGUUUGGGACAGAUUUUGACAUUUCAGACUUUGAUAUAAAACCUACUGUUCCAUGUGGAGAACUUGAGAAUAGUCCUAAAACUACCCUAAGAGCAAUUUCAAGUACUCCCACUCAAACAGCCCUCACUACAUUAAAAAGCACAAGACAUUCUGCAGAAACUGUUACCGCUGGCUUCAGUUCUGCAACAAGUACAUCAGUUGGAGCCACUUCUGUGGAAAGCACAACCCAGGGCACCCCAUCUGUGGAAAGCACAACCCAGGGCACCCCAUCUGUGGAAAGCACAACCCAGGGCACCCCAUCUGUGGAAAGCACAACCCAGGGCACCCCAUCUGUGGAAAGCACAACCCAGGGCACUACGUCUGUCAAAACGACUACCCUUGGCACCACUUAUAUAGCAAGCACGACCCAGGGCGUGACGCCUACUGAAACUACUAGCCUUGGCACCACUUCUGGGGAGAGUACAUCUCAGGGCGCCACUUCUGUGGAAAGCACAACUCUGGGCACAGGUUCUACUGAAACUACUAGCCUUGGCACUACUUCUGUGGAAAGCACAACCCAGGGCGCCACAUCUGUGGAAAGCACUACCCUGGGCACCACUCCAGUAGCCAGUACAACCCAGGGCGCCACUUCUGUGGAAAGCACAACCCAGGGUGCCACAUCUGUGGAAAGCACUACCCUGGGCACCAUUCCAGUAGCCAGUACAACCCAGGGCGCCACUUCUGUGGAAAGCACAACCCAGGGCACCACAUCUGUGGAAAGCACUACCCUGGGCACGGGUUCUACUGAAAGUACUAGCCUUGGCACUACUUCUGUGGAAAGCACAACCCAGGGUGCCACAUCUGUGGAAAGCACUACCCUGGGCACCACUCCAGUAGCCACUACCACCCAGGGCACCUCUACUGUGGAAAGUACAACCUUGGGCAUCACUUCAUCUGAAGCUACUACCCAGGGCAUCACUUCUUCCAAAGCUACUACCAUUGACACCUCUGUUGUGGAAACUGUUACCCUUGGCACCCCUACUGUGGAAAGUACAACCUUGGGCAUCACUUCUUCUAAAGCUACUACCAUUGGCACAUCUACUGUGGAAAGUACAACCCAGGGCAUCACUUCUUCUGAAGCUACAACCCAGGGCACCACUUCUUCUGAAGCUGCUACCAUUGGCACAUCUACUGUGGAAACUACAACCCUGGGAACCACGACCUCUGAAGCUACAACCCACGGCACCACGACCUCUGAAGCUACAACCCACGGCACCACGUCUUCCCAAGCUACAACCCUUGGCACCACGUCUUCCCAAGCUACAACCCUUGGCACCACGUCUUCCCAAGCUACAACCCUUGGCACCACGUCUUCCCAAGCUACAACCCUUGGCACCACGUCUUCCCAAGCUACAACCCUUGGCACCACGUCUUCCCAAGCUACAACCCUUGGCACCACUUCUUCCCAAGCUACAACCCUGGGCACCACUUCUUCCCAAGCUACAACCCUGGGCACCACUUCUUCCCAAGCUACAACCCUGGGCACCACUUCUUCCCAAGCUACAACCCUGGGCACCACUUCUUCCCAAGCUACAACCCUGGGCACCACUUCUUCCCAAGCUACAACCCUGGGCACCACUUCUUCCCAAGCUACAACCCUUGGCACCACUUCUUCCCAAGCUACAACCCUGGGCACCACUUCUUCCCAAGCUACUACCCAUGGCACCACUUUUUCCGAAGCUACAACCCUGGGCACCACUUUUUCCGAAGCUACAACCCCGGGCACCACUUUUUCCGAAGCUACAACCCCGGGCAUCACUUCUUCCGAAGCUACAACCUUGGGCAUCACUUCUUCUGAAGCUACAACCUUGGGCAUCACUUCUUCUGAAGCUACAACCUUGGGCAUCACUUCUUCUGAAGCUACAACCUUGGGCAUCACUUCUUCUGAAGCUACAACCUUGGGCAUCACUUCUUCUGAAGCUACUACCCAUGGCACCACUUUUUCCGAAGCUACAACCCUGGGCACCACUUUUUCCGAAGCUACAACCCUGGGCACCACUUUUUCCGAAGCUACAACCCUGGGCACCACUUCCCACUACCCAGGGAACCUCUACUGUGGAAAGUACAACUUUGGGCACUACUUCUUCUGA